AUGGCCAUGGCUGAGAGGCCACGGCCUGGGUGGGCCUCAUACCAAAACCCCAACACCAACAACUGCCAGGAUAUGGGCAACUCCAUCCUGUUGCUAUUGGGUCUCAUCAUCUGUGUUAACAUUGGCAUCAAUGUGGUGACCCUGCUCUGGAGCCGGCUUCGUGUCGUCUUACACAGAAUAUUCCAUAUCAUUUGUGAAAAAGAAACAGCUAAGUUAUCCUCACCUGGGAAGCAGACCCAUUCCUUGAGGAAGCAGAACUACCCUUCAGUCCAUCUUCGAUGCACCGUGGACCCUGUGAAGAUGACCGUGACACCCCCACCCACUCGUCGGCAUCGGCACCAUCGAACCUCUCCAUCACGCCAUCCCCACCAUCCAGUAGCUUGGGACCCUGACAGUGAUGAUGAGAAGCCCCCAAAACAGCCAGAGAUCUGCUCUCACCAGUGGGAUGGCCCCAAGGCUUGGGAAGGCUUCCAACCCGCCCAGGAGAUCUGGGAAUCCUGGGCUCAGGAUGCUCUGGAGCCACCUCCCCAAACCAUCCGCUUCCAGCCAACAGUGGAGGGAAGGCCCCUCAAAACAGAUAUCCGGUCGGAUCUGGGCCUUCGAGCCUAUGUAUAUACCGUGAACCCCCCACCUCCCAGCCCAGAGGCUCUGAGCCAGAAGAAUAAUGGGGUGGGGAUGCGGGCAGGUGCUGAGACAGAGGAAUCAGAGUCCCAGCCUGCCCCACCACCCUUCCUGGGCCCCGCAAUUGUCCCUGAAGUCACCCAGCGCUGCUCCUCAGGCCGAAUAGCUUAUGAUGCCCGGGAUGUGAGGAGGCGGCUUCAGGAACUGACCCGGGAGGUGGAGGCCUUGACCCACUGUUACCCCUUGGCCUCUGGAUCCAGCACUGCUGAGGGGAAAGGCAAGGACUGGGUAUAUCGUCCCCUGAAGGGGAGGUGA